AGGAAAGGAAAGGCCACCAUACAUAUAGAUACACACACACUCCCUUCCAAGUCCAAAACCUUCACACCAACUCUCCAUCUCAUCUUCUCUCCCCAUGCAUCAUCAUCUAGAAGCAAUUAUUGAGUAGGUGAUAGUUUCUCUCUCUCUCUCUCUCUCCAAGUCAAAACAUUAUAUAUAUCUAUAUCUAUACACCAAGUCGCUUUUAUAUGCAUGUAUGCCCUUUAAGACAUUAAUUUAGGACAAGUAAAAAAGAAAAUGGGAAGGUCACCGUGCUGUGAGAAGGAGCACACCAACAAAGGGGCUUGGACCAAGGAAGAAGACGACCGCCUUAUUGCGUACAUCAAAGCUCACGGCGAGGGCUGCUGGCGUUCCCUUCCCAAAGCCGCCGGCCUCCUCCGCUGCGGCAAAAGCUGCCGUCUCCGUUGGAUCAAUUACCUCCGUCCCGACCUCAAGAGAGGCAACUUCUCCGGCGAAGAAGACGAACUCAUCAUCAAGCUCCACAGCCUCCUCGGCAACAAAUGGUCGCUCAUCGCUGGGAGAUUGCCCGGAAGAACUGAUAACGAGAUAAAGAACUAUUGGAACACUCACAUAAGAAGAAAGCUCCUAAGCAGAGGCAUUGAUCCGACCACCCACAGACCUCUCCACGACUCAGCUUCUCAAGAUUCCAAACCAACCCUAGAUUCUGCUAACAAUAAUACCCUUAUCUCCUUCACUUCUCCUUCUCCUCCAAAGGCCGAAAUUUCCCAGGAAAAUUUCACAUUCCCGGAAAAGCAAGAGGAAAACACAAAGGGGUUAAUGGUCGUGUGCAAAGAGGAGAAAAAUGAGUGCCCAGUCGAAGAAAAUUUCCCAGACUUAAACCUCGAGCUGAGGAUUAGUCUUCCCGACCAUGCUCAUCAUCAAGGCUCAGCGAAUGGAGGAAAUGAGAGGAGAACGACGCGCUGUUUCGCUUGCAGCUUGGGUGUAACAAACGGAACGGAGUGCGGCUGCGGAGAAAUGAGAUGCGACGUAGUCGGAGUCAUCUCCAGCAGCAGCAGUGAUGUCAUGGUUGGCCCCGGUUAUGAUUUUUUAGGUAUCGCAGAUAAUAGAAAUAGUAUUUUUGGAAUUUAGGGCUUUGGAAAUGAAAUGAUUACGAUGUAGAUGUGA